ACGGGGCGGCGGCGGCGGCGGCCCGCAGAACCCUGUAGGCCUUUUCAAUUUUAGUUGAAUUCCUCUCGAUGGCCUUUUGGAGUCCAUCGGCGCAUCGCCGGAGUGAAUCUCUGAUACUCGGCUAUUCCUCAAUGUUAGAGUGGGAAGAAAGAAGUGGAACUGAUUUGGGUUGAAAAGGUACAAGGAGUCGUCAACGCCCGCAGUGAAUAUGGGGGAGAAGAAACCAGAGCCUCUGGAUUUCGUGAAAGAUUUUCAGGAAUAUCUCACUCAACAGACCCACCAUGUGAACAUGAUCUCGGGAUCAGUGAGCGGCGACAAGGAAGCAGAAGCUCUUCAGGGAGCCGGGACGGAUGGCGAUCAGAAUGGACUCGACCACCCGUCCGUUGAAGUUUCCCUGGAUGAAAACUCAGGAAUGUUAGUGGAUGGGUUUGAAAGGACGUUCGAUGGGAAGCUAAAAUGUCGCUACUGCAAUUACGCCAGUAAAGGAACGGCGCGACUCAUAGAGCACAUCCGAAUCCACACAGGAGAGAAGCCUCACCGGUGUCACCUGUGCCCGUUCGCGUCAGCCUACGAACGGCACCUGGAGGCCCACAUGCGGUCCCACACGGGCGAGAAGCCGUACAAGUGCGAGCUGUGCUCCUUCCGCUGCAGCGACCGGAGCAACCUGUCGCAUCACCGGAGGCGCAAGCACAAGAUGGUCCCGAUCAAGGGGACCCGGUCCUCGCUGAGCAGCAAGAAGAUGUGGGGGGUGUUGCAGAAGAAGACGGGCAACCUGGCCUACAGCAGGAGGGCCUUGAUCAACCUGAGCCCCCCCUCCAUGGUGGUUCAGAAGCCGGACUACCUGAACGACUUCCCCCACGAGCUCCCCGCCAUCCAGCCGGACGCUUACGAGAGCAUGGCCAAAGCCGCCCCGCCCCUGCCGCGGGACCCGCAGGAUCUCCUGGUGGAUAACCCCUUAAAUCAGCUGUCCACGCUGGCGGGGCAGCUGUCCAGCCUGCCGCCCGACGCCCAGGCCCCGGCGUCCCCCGAGGCCGGGCCGGGCCCCGACGAGAAGCCCUUCGCCGUCCAGCAGCCGACCGGCCCGCCGGCCGGCCCCGCCGGCCUCCCCCAGGGCUCCUCCCCGGCCAGCCCGGAGCCCCGGCCCGCCCACGGGCAGCGGAACUACAGCCCCGUGGCCGGGCCCAGCAGCGAGCGCAGCGCCCGCACGAGCACCCCGAGCAUAAGCAACAGCCAGCCGAGCACCCCGGCCCCGACCCUGCCGACCCAGGAUCCGCAGCUCCUGCACCACUGCCAGCACUGCGACAUGUACUUUGCGGACAACAUCCUGUACACGAUUCACAUGGGGUGCCACGGCUUUGAGAACCCCUUUCAGUGUAACAUCUGCGGCUGCAAAUGUAAAAACAAGUACGAUUUCGCGUGCCACUUUGCCCGGGGGCAGCAUAACCAGCACUGACGACCGGCGGGCGCGCCGCGCUCCCUCCGGCCGCCCGACGGGAUCUCCGGGCUCCCGGUUCCCCCCGGCGAGGCGUCCGCUGACCGGGAAAGGCGGGCGUUCCCUCUCCGGGGGCGGGGGGAACGCGGGACGGGAGGCUGGGGGGCUCCGACCUCCGGCGUCGGAGGUUGGAGGGCGGAUUUACACCUCUCACGCGAGAGCCCGUGAGAACUUGGCGAUCGGGAACGCCGCCCCGGUUAUCUGGAUCUCCAGAUCCGUUCUGCCACUCGGUUCUCAGAAAGACUCCUCUCCCCGCCCCGCGUCGUAUUUUACGCCGGGUAAACCCGGUCCCGGCCGAUAGAAAGCUCAAGUGGGAGCAUUCGGCCCCUAGGGAAGUCCGUAACUCUGGACUGAAUCUUUUUAAAUCCGCGUGGUUGCCGCGGUUCGGACGCCGGUUCAGCGUCACUGAUAGAGCAGAGAAUGUAAAGACUAUAUUUUUGUACGAGGCCCCGUGCAAGCCCGUCACGGUAAAAAAAAAACACACUAAAAUGCUUUACCGACUAGUACUUAACUAGAUCUUUGAGGAUUUGCAAGUAUUUUCAGAACAUCUCGCUUCAUGACGCUUCAUUGCCAGGAGCAAGAGAAGAAAGUAGGAUUUAAUGUUGAAAAAACCCAUUUCUUCAUUUCUAGCUUUAGACAGAGACAGGGCUGCGUUCUGGUUCCGACCCGCUUUGAACGCGAUACGCCGGUUCACAUCGACUACUGUUACUUAACGGCCCCUGAGACGAAACCGUUAGCCGUGUCGCAGAGGUGAUGUCCCUGAAAAAUUAAAAAAAAAAAACAAAAAACCUUUCCUUCAUCAUGCACUUUUUCUUUUCUAACUUAUUUCCAUUCUGAUGCUGCAAGGAAAAGCGAUUGUAUUAACCCUAUCGUGAUGAGAGGAGCGUGUUCUUAAACUAGGCGACGGUACUGAGCAACGUGUCUCCGUACUGAUCAUUUCGUGCCGGGAGAGAGAGAUUAUAUAUCGCGAGAUUAUGAUUUACGGUUAUCCCCACUGUCUUCCGUAUAAAAAGUUUUGGAGUCGGGCGUCUUCUCAUCCAUCAGUCAUUUCUGAGAAGAGAACCUGAAGGAUGGUUGGAGAGGAACAAACUAUCUAUUUACUUUUUGAGUGAGAGGAAGGCCGUUGGCAUCCGGAUCUCAGAUUCUCCUAUAAAAAAGAAAUCUAGUCGAUUGGCAGUAUUUCCUUUGAGAUUUACAUCGUUGUGUUCCUCUGGCCUUAGGCCCAUAGCCUCUCCCAAUUUCAGGAACAGGUGGCAAGGCUGAUGUUGCGUUUAACGAGAUUUUCCAAGUCCGGAAGAGGAAGGCGUGUUUUUGACAAAUUUCAGCACCGUCUAGAUGCCUGCGGUCGCUGUUAUUUCGUAGGGAUUCUGGAUUACGUCAUUUGAUAUUUUUUCCCAGUCGUCUCAGUAGGCAGUUUUGGAAAAACAUGCGUGAACGUAACGAAAAUAUUGGUAAGCCCUCUCUGAGAAAAGAAUCCAGAGCAUUUUUGUGUGUGUGUGUGUUUCUCCUGUUGUGAGACUAGGGGUAAAUGCAGGACCAAAUUCAAUCCAGUCUGAUAGUGCUGUGCUAUCCCAUAGUAGGAAGAUUCUGGUUGGAAAAAUAUGAAAUUUGACAAGCAAAAUGGCCCGGUCAAAAAAAGAAGGGGCAGUGGCAUUAACUUGGGAUUUCUCCGUACGGUUUUAAGAACGGUACCGAUCAAAGGUUUCACGGUGACCAAAAUUCCCUCCAACUUUAGAAUUUUAAAAGGCGCCGGUAAAUAUCUGUCAAGUAAAUUCUCGUAUCUCAAAACGGGUGGAAUUGUUUUCUUCCGCUUUCUGACCCCCUGGGAAAUCAUUCGGUGUGCCCCUUUUGGGAUGUAGUAUUAGAUGCGUGAAUUAAGUUAGCUCUGAUCGCUUCACGGAGUAUUGCUUUUUGUCAGAUAGCGACUGUAGCAACUCUGAUUGUGUCUUUCCCCCGAGAGGUCUAGGGGCUGAAGGUGGAAAAGCUGAGAUCUUUGCUUGGAAAGGUCGUCUUCCGCUCCGUUCCUCAGUCCCGUCGUCACUCUGGGCCGGAAUCUCAAAACGCCGGCCUUGGACGGAAGAACACCCGUGGAAGCCAUCUCAAGAGAGCCCGUUUGCGAAUCAUUUGUUCCGAGCGAUGCAAUCUGGAUACACACAGCCAUACAUUCCCCCGCGGAAGCACUCGGACAGCUGGUGCCUCUCCCGAUUUCCAUUCGGCACCGACGCGGUGGCGACGUAGCUGUCGGCAGGCCGAAAGAAGGCCCGAAACUCAGCCUCCACGCUGUUUUCCGAGGGGGGAGGAAACGACAGCCGUGCCGAUCCGACGUCCAGGAAAAUCGGGCUUUCGCCUAUAUGCAGAAAGCCCGGUCACUGACGGGGGGGGACCGGACGCGCACCUGGAAACGUGCAAUAGCGGAAACGCACGGAAACGGGGUCUGGCGUGUUCUUGCUGGCGUUGGAAAUUUGGCGGAACGUGGCCGGGAUCAGAUUUCAGAUCCGGAAAAGUGUAAAAAGCCGAAAGGUGCCGGUGGUUGCCGAACUGAGAGUUUCCAGAUCGAAGAGGAAAACAGCGUGUUGUUCGGUGCGCUCCUCCUUAAUUUGGGGAAUCGGUCCCCCAAAACAAAAAGACGAGUAAGUCUAGAUUUUAAUCGUAAAAGAGGAUUACAGAUAAGCUUCAUAAAAAACAGCAUAGUACCCUGUUGGAGCUAAACACUGGCAGAUUACUCUUCUUCUUCCCGUCGCUCGGAUUAGAUUUUUUCCCGAAGGUAUUUCCAAUUGGAAAACCUCAAAGGAAAGGAAGUUUUCUGGUAAUUUUCUACUAAGGAGUAUACACUAAUAUCUGCUAGAAUUCAAAGAGCACGAUCGAUAUUUUAAAACGAUCUGCUUAAGAGCCAGGUGGAUUCAGCUCGUUUGGAAGGGCGCUGCCGGGUACUGAACUCAUCUGCGUUAGUAGCUUGGAAAAAUCGGCUUUGGCACGGAAAACUUCAGUUCUAUUUAAACGCGUCCACAGUGUGACUUGGAAAAUCUAUAUUUGGAAAAGACAUCAACUCCGAUACUUGAGUUACCUGAUACGCAUUCCCCCCCGUUUUAUUUUUAAAUCAAAUAUUUUAUAGAUAACAAUUUUGGGGAAUGUUGUACGUGCACUAUUUAUAGUACUUUACUCUUAACGGGCAUAUUUUAAUGUUCUGAAACUAAAUUUAUUUUUGUUCAGUGAACAGUCUAACAGCUUAGAUUUUAAAAAUGGGUAGAUAACUUAUCUCCGCUUCUAUUUUUUUUAAACUGUGAAGAGACUUAACAGAAUGCUUUUAUUUCAGAUCUCGCAAAGGCGGUGUAUAGGUACAGCUUCUUGAAAUUCAAGUAAAUUAAAAAAAAAAAUGGAUGGGGGGAGGGAAGGGUGUUGAAAAAUCCCACCGGAUGUUUCCCGAUGCCGUUCCGGAGCAGAAAUCGACGUCGCCGCGGAUCGGGUCCGACGGAGGGAACGCGACCGACGAAACGUCGUAGACGGGGGCCGAGAGCGCGUCCGCCCGACGCGCUGGGGGCAGAAAACACCGUUCCCCGCCGAGGAACCGAUCGCUUGAGUCGAGUGUAUCUGCUUCUGGUAUUUGCUUUGCUAAUAUGUAUUUUGAUGUAAAGAGCAGAGUUUAUAAGCGGGUGAAACCGGCGUUUCAGCUGCAGGAUAGAUUAUAUCGUGUAGUGAUGCUGUUUCCAGAAAACAGUUCAAUGCUGAAAUCACUCUAUCUACCGUAGUUGAUUGUGAAGCUUUGCUUUUGUAAACUAUUAAUAAAAAUAACAUUUUCUAA